UCUCCUCGCACCCUGUGCGCCCCGGCUCGGACCGGCCCGUGAGGGAAUGGAGGGCGGUGGCGGGGCUGCAGCUGAGUCCGCGGCGGGGACGGAGUCGGAACCGGCUCUGGGAGCCGGGAUGGCGCUCGGAGGGGCGGCGGGAGCUCCCCUCGGCUACCUGCACGUCCUGUGGCAGCGAGAGGAGCCAGCCGGCAAGAUCCCGGCCCGCCGCCUGCGCAGGGCCGCCCGCCUCCACCGCCGCCUGGGGCCUACGGGCAAAGAGAGCCACACUCUGAAGAGGCUGCGUGAGGCUGCCAAUGGCAAUGACCUGGACACAGUGCAGCAACUCCUGGAGGAUGGAACUGACCCUUGUGCUGCAGAUGACAAAGGCCGGACAGCCCUGCACUUUGCCUCCUGCAAUGGCAACGAUCACAUUGUGCAACUGCUUCUGGAUCACGGGGCUGACCCAAAUCAGAGAGAUGGGCUGGGAAACACUCCCUUACACUUGGCUGCCUGCACAAACCAUGUUCCCGUCAUCACCACGCUGCUGCGCGGAGGGGCCAGAGUCGAUGCCUUGGAUCGAGCUGGCAGAACCCCGCUGCACCUUGCUAAAUCGAAGCUAAACAUCUUACAGGAAGGAAUCUCCCAUAGCCUGGAGGCCGUACGGCUUGAAGUGAAACAGAUUAUCCAGAUGUUGCGGGAAUAUCUGGACCGUUUGGGGAGGCAUGAGCAAAAGGAACAGCUGGAUGACCUCUGCACUAAGCUACAGAUGACCAGCACAAAGGAGCAGGUGGACGAGGUUACAGACCUCCUGGCCAGCUUCACAUCACUCAGCCUGCAAAUGCAGAUGGAGAAGAGGUAACAGCCUUCCAAGUCAUCUCUGUGAUCCAGAAGGAGAAGCCUCAGAGAAGAAGGCCUACAUCUCUGAAUAAACAUUGCAGGCCCUGAGGGUGCUGCCAUGGUUGCCUCAUGAGGAGGCAGUAAGAUUUGGACAAGAGAGUGUCGCAGCUGAGACUUUUGGGAAAAAAUAAUAAUAGGCUGGCACUGAAUAGGGUAGCCCUUCCAGACCAGAGGUAUUCUGCCUUCUCCUUAGCACUCCAGUUCAGUGCAGGUGGUGGCUAAUGCCAUGGAUAAUUGCCAGCAUCACAGAUCUAUCUGCUUGCAACAGGCAUUUUUUGCCACCACUGCAGUAUUAAACUGCAUGUGGGGGGUGGGGGUGGGAAGUGGGUAUCUUGGACAACAGAAGGCUUUGUACUAUAGGAAUAACAUGUCCUUAAUUCUGUGUGGUAGCAGCUGAACAAACAUACUGCCUUAAGAAGCAUGCACCAACACGUAAUCCUAAACUUCCCUAGAGCCUGCAGAGUAUCUGGCCAGUUAGGUGUGGGAUACAAUGCUUUUAAUCAGACUAACAGGUUCCACUGGGCCUCGUUUUUGAAGCACUGCUGAAAGUCAAUACUUAAAUCUCAGAGUGAAAGACUUGUGAAGAAUACCCAGAUAGGCAUCAGAUCAGAGCUACCUUGAUGCAACAGUGAGGGUUAGGGAAUGACUUAACCCUAGAGCAGUUUUUGGCAUACAUCUACAUUGAGGCCCUGGAACGUGUUCAGAGGAGGGCAACAAAGCUGGCGAGGGGUCUGGAACACAGGCCAUAUGAGGA